CUAUCAGUAGUAUAAAUACCUUCGAGCGGCCAAGAUCGGAAGGAAGUGCAUCCAGUAUCUCGAUCGAUCGAAGGUAGUCUAGCAGCAGCAGCAGCAGCUCGAUAAGCGUCCGUUUGUGUGGCAAAACAAGCAAAAAGGAAGAGUUAGACUCUCCUUUUGUCCUUCGUCCCACCCCACCCAACAUAAAAACCCCUUCCCUCCCCCCCUUCGGAACAAUGGUUUCGUUCAAGUUUGUGUGCGCGGUCGUGUGCGUGCUAGCAGUGGCCGGCCGUGGAUAUGCCGCCGAGGACGGUACGGUACGUGCCCUGCGCAAAGUGUACUCCCUGUGCGAGGAUAGUGACGAGCUGCUGAAGUGCAUCAAGGUGCAAGCCCUCAAGCUUACCGACCGGGCAAUCAAGCUGCCGAGCAUCAAGCUGCUCGACGGUAUGUCGAUCGUAAAGAAAGCGGACGGUGGUGAAUCGAGCACCCGUGCCCUGAACGAGCCGAUGCUCGGUGAACACGACCUGGCCAAGCUGUCCUCGGCAAAGAUCGACGAGCUGCUGUUCCAGCGUGCCCAGCGCUUCAUGGACGGACACCAGCUGCAGCUGAAUGUGCCGCGUAUGCUCGCCUCGGGUCAGCAGGAAACCGGACGUCUGGUCGAGGAGGGCCGCAAGAAGAUGAAGAAAUACCUCGGACCAUUCCUCGCUGCAAUGGCUAUCAAGGGAGGUAUCCUGACCAUGGUCUACCACUCGAUCGCCAUCGUCGCCGGUAAGGCGCUCAUCAUCGGCAAGAUCGCUCUCGUCAUCUCUGCCAUCAUCGGUCUGAAGAAGCUCGUCACCCCGGAAGGCCAUGAGAAGACGACCUACGAGAUUGUGAAGCACCCGCACGUACAGCAGAGCCACACCUACUCGUCCAACCACGGUGACUUCGAUACCCACGAGGCUGGCCAGUUCCACCGUAGCUUCGGCAACUCCGUCGACAUGGUGAUGCAGGACCGCGCAUACCGUGCUCACGUCCCGAAGAACUAAGGCAGCUUCAUCGGCCGUAAACGUGUGGAUGAUGAUGAUGACGACGACUACCCCAACCCCAAAAAAGAAAGAAAAAAAAAGCAACCCUGGCCAUAACCGCACUAACAACUACGAAACCAUGUGUCGCCGGAACGGAAGGAAUGGAGCAGCAGAGCUUCGACGCGCCACACGAACGCCAGUCCAGCCAUCCAGCCGCCCUUGCGUGCGGAUGGGGGACACGGCGUCAAUCCAGGGACCCAAAGAACACCCAUCCGGAACUGCUGCGGUCUGCUCAUAGAAUUAAGCUCCCGUAACUUCAUCGUAAGAUGGAGCAGCCACAGUUCAACGUGCGCCAAGCAACCUGAAAACAGAAAAAAACAGAUAACUCCAAUACCUUCCAAUCAGUCAUACGAACACCCCAAAAAAAACACUACACACUCCAUUACCCCUGGAAUCUACACGAACACAAACACACAGAGAAACAUACACACCCUCACACACCAUUAGACAAGGCGCGGAAGCGAAUCUGCCAUGGCGCAAAAGGGUUUAUGUGUUUUGUAUUUAUAUAAUUAAUUUAAAUUAUUUAUUUAUUAAACCUUGAUUCCCAAUCAAAACCCCCCUACAACUCCCCCUUUUUCCCACCCCAAAAAACCAGCUCGCGUUGCUCCCAGGUUCGCUCAGAGCUUUUCCCAGUGAAAGCGUUACGGUGUACCGGUCGGACCAACGGAUGCGGGCGAAUCUUUUGUCGUCUUCUUCCAUUUCCGCGAGCAGACGUUGAAAUGUGUAAUUAAAACUCCCAAAACAAAUCGAGCAAAAUAAAGAAUUAUCAUUCAAAAAAUAUGCUUCCAACAGGGUGUUCACU